CUUGAAACCAGGCUUUCCCCCAAUACACGCUCAGUGUUACAUAAUACAUCACGUUGUUUAAACACCUGCAGUGAAGGUUGCUUUGUUUUUUACAACACUUCCCUUUUAUGUAGCCUUGAUGAAAGCAACAUUAAUUUUGGUGGCUCUUUAUAUACAUGUAUCUAUUAAUCCUAAAUGUUCGGUUGUUACUCAAUCAAAAGGUGGACGGGAAAUAGUUUUCCAGGCAGGGCCUGAUCACCUCUGGUUAAUAAAAACAUAUGCUGAAGUGGCACCUCAUCCGUGUGCACAAGCUCUGGGUCAAGAUUUGUUUCAGAGUGGGAUAAUUCCUAGUGAUACUGACUUCAGGAUCUACAGGGACUUUGGACAAAUACCUGGCAAGUAUAAAAAAAAUAUUUGAUCUUUAAACAACAAAGUCACAAGAAGUGAUCUCUACCAUAGUCUCCUUGGCAACAGUUCAGUCUGGAGUCACACAAUUUUCCCAAUUCUAUGGGAGCAGGAAGAUUGCAUGACUCUGGCCCCAGUAGCUGCAAAGGAGACUUUCUCUAUCCCUGAAAGAAAGAGAUUUAAAAAGCAUAAGCCUCAAGUUGACUUUUUUAUGUAAAACAAACCUACACAAUGUACCAUUUCGCUUGAUAUGAGUGCAUGAUUUUAAAGGUUUGAAAAAAAAAAAAGAAGACAACAGAUCCUUAGUAUUUUACUUGAAGUUUUUUAGCUUAUAUUUUCAUGUAUUAACAUUAAAUUUUUUCUUGUUUGAAUGACUAGGAGUGGACCUUGCUUACACUGCAAAUGGUCACGUUUACCACACAAAUUAUGACACUCCUGCUGCAGUCACACCUGGCUCCAUUCAGCGUGCUGGGGAUAACAUUCUAGCACUUAUAAAAGGCAUUGUUAACUCGCCAUAUCUGGCUGAUCCUGGAGAAUAUCGUCAUGGUGCAGUGGUGUUCUUUGACUUUCUUGGCAUCAUCAUGGUGCAUUAUCCUGAGAGAAUUAGCCUUGUGAUAAAUGUUUUAACUGCUUUUGUGGUAGUUCUUUGUCUGAUCAGAAAGUUCCUGGGAUUUCCUGGAAAGAAAGAUGUAAAAAAGGGUAAGAAGACGUUUAGCCCUUGAGGUCCCAAGAGUGACCAAAAUCAAUUUUCUCCUAACAACAUCAGCAGAUCAAAAAGAGUAAAGGUUAUGAGAAUUACUAAAUUGAUUACCAAAGGGAGAAUGCUUUGAUCUUAAACCAAAUUCUCUCAAAUAUUCUUAGAAGAAAUAAGUGGAGAUCAGUCUCAAGAAUUUGUAUUUGGAUCUUGGGGCUUAAAACACUUAGUACAGUAUACAUGUAGAGCACUAUCACUUACUAUGAAAUUCAGAAAACUUUCAGAAAUACAACAUACAUGUAUCUCUGGAACUGUUAUUACUGUAUGUUGCAAUCCAAUCAAAGCCUUGUGGGAGAUAUUGAAGGAAUUCUGCAGUCAAGCCAAAUUGUUUUGCCUCUAUACUAGAGACCACAGCAGCUGGAGGAAACUUUGUGUCACCUACAGCUGUACUACUUGGCAGAUGACUUAAAUCGUGUUGAUGAUGGCAACGAUAACGUAUAAGAUAGCCUGUUAAUGAUCAUUGAUUGUUGUAUAUUUUUCAGGUCAAAUAGCUCAACAGUCAUCUUUGUCUUGUCUUCUCUUUUCAAUGUUGGUUUUACUGUUGUCGUGGCUGGUUGGCAUAGCAACACCUGUUGUGUUGUCCUUAUUACUUACAUAUGCUGGGCAAUCAAUGACUUGGUAUUGCCAUCCUUACCUUCUUUUGCCUCUAUAUGCUGCUCCCUCUCUGCUUGGCAUUGGUUUAGUCCACGUUGCAGCUAGGAGAAGACUUCUGGCAAAGGUGUGAGUCUUACAGUAUAUAUGUAUAGGAGAUUAUUUUCCAGGUAGCCUGCAUCACAUUCUUCUUGUACAAAAGCAACUUAAAGAAAAAAAAAAUAGAAAAAGAUCAUUAGAAGGACACUUUGAUACAGGCAUCAACAAAAUCUGGAUUGGACUGGACUGGAUCAACCAACCGAAGGUUAGGGGUAAGGGUUUUUAUGAGGGUUGAUUCAAUCUAGUCCAAUCCAGGUCUUUGUCUAUGGUCCUUAUAUGGACACUGUAGCCUGUUCCAGGUGUUCAGAUGGUGGGGAGUGAGUUAAAUUGUAUGCAGCAAGUGCAAAAGGAAAACAAGGGCAGACUAGGGUGAGAGUGAAGGAAGGCCUGUAAAUGUUCUUAACAAAGGGUCAUUCCGGUAUACUGUAUUCCAGUAUACCCUCUUACUGGUCGAUUACGACUUCCCCUGUUAACAUUCAAGUGCUGGUGAUGUUACCUCUCCUCUUUUGCCCUGGUUUUCCCCCAUUUUUUCCCUCAUCAAUUUUUGCACCCUUGCCCUUAGCUACUAUCUGAACACCUGGAACAGUUCCCUUACUAUUAAAGGGCCUGUUUACAUGGAGGUUGGAGAGCCCAGGUAAGUGAGGUAACGCGGUUAGGUAGGGUAACCCGCCUGUCCAUAUAAGCUUUCAUUUUAAUUUCAUCACGUUUACAUGCUAGGUGGGGUGACCCAAUGUGGAUUACCUCACCUACCUGAGCUGGGGUCCCCCACCUCCAUGUACAAAGGUUCUAAUAAUCUUUCUGUGGCAUGUGCUGCUUGAAUAGAAAUUGACUCUUUGCAGUGAAACCAUUAAUUUGUUGAGAUCAUUUUAUUUUUUAAAAAAUUUUUAGAGUAAAGCUGAAUACGAGAAAGAAAAACCAGCGACAGUCUCCUGGAAUGAAAGAAAAUCCAGCUGCCUUUCAGCAAGGGAAACAGAAGUAUUUUAUGCAGUGCUUCUACUGUGGACAAUAAUCCUGUUAGUGAUGUCCUUCUAUCGUUUGGCCUCAGCUUACAUACUAUUAAUUCUAGUGAUCUUUCCAUUGAUAGUACGGGUUCUAAUUUUUGACAACUUCAUUGCAGCGAAAAUGGCUAAUCAGAACUUUAUAGAAAAAUCUGUGCUAAUUAACAUAAUAGCUUCGUUAAUACCUGUGAAAUUUUGUACUUACUUAUUUAUCUGUGGGUUUGAUGUCUGACUUUCUUGGCAUCAUCAUGGUGCAUUAUCCUGAGAGAAUUAGCCUUGUGAUAAAUGUUUUAACUGCUUUUGUGGUAGUUCUUUGUCUGAUCAGAAAGUUCCUGGGAUUUCCUGGAAAGAAAGAUGUAAAGAAGGGUAAGAAGAUGUUUAGUACUGCAGUGUACAUGUAUGAGCACUAUCACUAGUCUUACUGUGAAAUUCAGAAAACUGUCAGAAAUACAAUGUAUCUCUGGAAUUGUUGUUACUGUAUGUUGCAAACCCAAUCAAAGCCUUGUGGGAGAUAUUGAAGGAAUUCUGCGGUCAAGCCAAAUUGUUUUGCCUCUAUACUAGAGACCACAGCAGCCAGAGGAAACUUUGUGACACUACUUGGCAGAUGACUUAAGUCGUGAUGAUGAUGGCAACGAUAAUGUAUAAGAUAGCCUGUUAAAAUAAUCAUUGAUUGUUGUAUAUUUUUCAGGUCAAGUUGCUCAACAGUCAUCUUUGUCUUCUCUUCUCUUUUCAAUGUUGGUUUUACUGUUGUCAUGGCUGGUUGGCAUAGCAACACCUGUUGUCUUAUCCUUAUUACUUACGUAUGCCGGGCAAUCAAUGACUUGGUAUUGCCAUCCUUACCUUCUUUUGCCACUAUAUGCUGCUCCCUCUCUGCUUGGCAUUGGUUUAGUCCACGUUGCAGCUAGGAGAAGACUUUUGGCAAAGGUGUGCCUCUUACAGUAUAUAUGUAUAUUCAUAAAUAGGAGAUUAUUUUCCAGGUAGCCUGCAUCACAUUCUUCAUGUACAAAAGCAGUUUAAAGAAAAAAAAUAGAAAAAGAUCCUUAUAAGGACACUUUGAUACAGGCGUGAACAAAAUCUGGAUUGGACUGGACUGGAUCAACCAACAGAAGGUUAGGGGUAAGGGUUUCUACGAGGGUUGAUCCUAUCUAGUCUAAUCCAGGUCUUUGUCUAUGGUCCUUAUAUGGACACUGUAGCCUGUUCCAGGUGUUCAGAAGGUGCGGAGUGAGUUAAAUUGUACACGGUGAUUGCAAAAGGAAAACAAGGGUAGACUAGGGUGAGAGUGAGGGAAGGCCUAUGAACAUUCUUAACAAAGGGUCGUUCCGGUAUACUGUAUUCCAGUAUACCCUCUUAUUGGUCGAUUAUGACACCUUCUGUUAACAUUCAAGUGCUGGUGAUGUUACCUCCCCUUUUUUGCCCUGGUUUCCCCGUAUUUUUUCCCUCAUCAAUUUUUGCACUGUUGCCCCACUAUCUGAACACCUGGAACAGGCUGUAGGUACCUUUAUACUAAUAAUCUUUCUGUGACAUUUGCUGCUAACCCUUUAAGCCCUUAGAGUGAUCAGCAUCAAAUUUCUCCUUGUAAUAUCAAUGCUUUGUUAAAAAGAGUGGUCUUGAGAAUUACAGACAUGAUAAAACAAGAUGAAUUUGCUUGAUGUUUCAUCAACUUCUCCCCACUUCUUCUGUAGGAAAUGAAUAGGGGCAACAAAUGAGAAUUCAAAUUUUGAUCUUAGGGUUUGAAGGGUUAAUAGAAAUUGACUUUUUGAAGUGAAAUCAUUAAUUUGUUGACAUCAUUUUAUUUUUUAAAAAAAUUUUAGAGUAAAGCUGAACAUGAGAAAGAAAAACAAGCGACAGUCUCCUGGAAUGAAAGAAAAUCCUGCUGCCUUUCAGCAAGGGAAACAGAAGUGUUUUAUGCAGUGCUUCUACUGUGGACAAUAAUCCUGUUAGUGAUGUCCUUCUAUCGUUUGGCCUCGGCUUACAUACUAUUAAUUCUAGUGAUCUUUCCAUUGAUAGUACGGGUUCUAAUUUUUGACAACUUCAUUGCAGCGAAAAUGGUCAAUCAGAACUUUAUAGAAAAAUCUGUGCUAAUUAACAUAAUAGCUUCGUUAAUACCUGUGAAAUUUUGUACUUACUUAUUUAUCUGUGGAUUUGAUGUCCUUUUACCAAUCAUGAGCCGUUCAGGGACUGAAACACCACCAGAUUUGUUCAUUGCUGUUCUGUGUGCUUCUGCAGUUGUCACAUUGUCUUCGUAUAUGGUGAGUAUAAUUUAUAUAUUUUUAGUACAGUACAGUUACAGUACUUGUCAUUUGAAAAACAAGUAAUUAUUAUCUUUAUCAUGUGAAAGCAGGGACCUCAGAGCAUAUUUUGGAUUAGUUAUUGCCAAAGGCACAAGCUUUGAGGGCGCAAGAGGCAUGCUCCUUGAGAAAAUUUUGAAAUUUAGAGCCUCUGAAAUGACAGCCUUUUUGUCAAAUUUUUAUCACCAUUCUGUUAGUUUUCUGCACAAAAUUUUGUUUGCUUUUUAGUACAAAGAUAAGAAGUACUUUUGUAAAGUAUCAGAAAAUUCUUGGUGAAAUUGUUGGUGGAAAUUUAGCCCACCCAAUGAUAGCUACAUGUAUUAAUCUGCAGUCAGCUAAUUAAUUUUAAUGGCAGGUACACCCACUGGGUUUGGAUUUAUUUACUGUUAGGGUCCAAGUUUAAGAAUCUUUAUUCACACCUGCACUGCAUACAUGUACCUGCAAAUUAGACCCUUUAUUGUUGCAAAACCACAAAAGUUAGGACUUCAAGUCUCCCUCUCGCAAGUUCAUCACUCACUUGGGGGCUGUGUUAUUAGAAUGAUGUUGCUUAAUCCUCUUCUUGACUGCCUCAACUGUUACUUCCAUCCUUUUGUUUUUGUAGGUUAGCACUGUGUAUGUCAUGGGUGACCUGAAACUUCCAGCACUAUUCCUCUUCCUUGUCUCAACACUUGCAAUUGUAAUAUCUCUUUUGGGACUUUCAUUUCCUUACUCAGCUGUCAAUCAAUGUCCUAAAAGGGUUUUCUUUCAGGUAAGCAUGCUAAGAAAAUGGUGCAACCCCCACUACAGUGGUGGAUCCAGUCCUAGCUUGAGACUCAUGGGUCGUGAUUUAGUCAUACCCUUGUGGUCCUUUUGCUUGAUCCCCUUAGGCCCUGUAUACACUGUUAUUAUUAUAUAGCCCAGUGUGAGAAAGGCAUCAACAAAUCUUGGAUUGGACUGGAUUGGAUCAACCCCUGUAUCUCACUAAAUGACAAAAUGUAAGGGAUAGAGUCUCUGGGAAUGAACUGAUGCGGUCCGAUCCAGGUUUUGCCAAUGGCCAUGUUUGAAUGACAUUCUUUGCCUCUGCAGUUAUAGUAAAAUGUAUGGAACAGGAUCCUGCCAUUUAUUAUAAAUGGCUGGUUCCUUAAGCAGGCAAGAUCAGUCAAAUCCCUUAAUCUUUUUGGCUCCCUAGCUGAGUAGGCAAGAUUGGCCGGUUUUGUGUGCUUGGGAUUUCUGUCUUUGUCCCGCUGGAAAAGAUUUUCUUUUGUCUUGAAAUCACAAGUUUGCCUUGCUAUUAUUAUUGUUAAAAAGGUUUAAUAAGUUAAUUCAAUGCUGCUUUCUUUUACAAGGGCCUUAAAACCUUAACUUUGCUUUUGCCAUAGCAUACAUCAAGAGAAUUUUACGACAAUGAGGGGGAUACUGUUCUGCAAGACUCAGGUGUAUGGACCACUCCUCUGGAUUAUUUAGGAAUCAAGCCAUUUUCUGAUGUACCCAUGUUUAGAAAUGCCUCACUGGCACCACAGUAUGGAGUCUAUGGAGGCUUUCCUUAUUACUUACCUUUGAGGCAGUUAAUGAGGUAUGUUUCUUUGUGAUAGUGACAUAUUACCCACCAGUGAUCAAAUGUCAGGUGUCUUGAAAACAGAGACCUCUAAUACCCCUAACAAAGACUGCCUAAGCCUAAAACCCCCCACCAAAUGACUCUGAACUUUAUUGAUUAGUAUAAGGUUAGGAAACUGAGUGAAUCAGGUUCCAUUUAAGUCUUUAUACUGGACAAACUGACCUAAAAAUUGAUUAACUUAGUUUCCUAACCCUGAUCAAUAAAGUUCAGUCAUUCAGUGGGGGUUCUUAAGGGGUCUUAGCGGUCUUAGGGGUGUUGUCAAGACACCCUUCAAAUGUCUGUAAAGACUUCACAUAGAGCAACCUUGCUUUCUUAAUUGAAACAUACAAUUUUGUUGAUCACAAUAAUUGUGAAUCUUUCUUGAGAUGAUCAAUUCCCAGGUACUGCAUCCAAGUUCAAAGAGAGACAUAUUAAUAUACAGUAUACGUGUAGUGUUGGUGUGUGUGUUUCAUACACUCAUUAACCUAUCGUUUGAUGUCUUUUAAUGACAUUUCUGCUGCUGUUAUAAACUGGGAGCGAGCUCUCUUUCAGUUAUCCCUUUGCUUGACUAAGGAGGCUGGUAUCAUGAAAUUGAGCUGAGAGAGAGCGCGCUCCCAGUCAAUUGCCGUGAUCAUUACUUCUAAGCAAAAUAGAAAUUUCCCACAUUCUGCUCCAGUGAGCUCUUAAUUGAGCCUGCAUGAGAAAACAGCCGACAUUCUGUGAAGCCAUCAAUAGUUUCGUUGCGAAAUGAUGUCUGAGGAAUGAGUUUAGAAAUUCCAUACUGAUGAUUUGUCACUACCCAGAUCUGGCACUUUACCCCACAGUAAGGCUUAGCCCUUGGAGACAGGUCCGGAAAAAUAUCCACUCCAGGGUGUGGAACCCUGGUCCCACCUGAUCUGUACUCCACCCAGGAGGGCCACCCCUCCUGGUUCCCCUCAGUUCCUGUACUGGGGGAUAUGGGCCUCAGCCCUGGAGACUGAUCAGGACUCCUGUCCAGGGUGGCUACCCCCGGUACCACUCGAUCUUGUCUCCCCCCAGGAGGGCUUCUCUCCUGGUCCCCUUAUCCCUAGAUUUAAGCGCUUCCCUGCCACCAGAAUUUUGCCCAUUACCCUUUGUGUGUUUUCUGUGUGGUACCGACAUAAAGCAUUUAUGCGGAAAACACUGCCAAUUGGAAGAGUUUAUUAAUAACUGUUUGAGUUGGUACCCUUGUUCACAAGAAUGUGCUAGCAGUCUCUAUCGUGGUCUUUUUCCUCACAUUUUUAUUGUUGCAUUCCCCUAUUAAAAUAACUGAAAUAAAGCUUUAAAACUUAACUUGACCUUUCCUUCUCUAUAGAAACUCUUGGUAUAUUCCUGGCCCUCCACCAAAAGUCACAACAUCACAACUAGCAGUAACACUUUUAGCAAGAGAACGGCAUGAUAAAAUAUACAGCUUUAAAUUCUCAAUAUCAGGUCUGUAAAAUUAAUCAUGGUAGUAAUUAAAUAUCUCAAGGUUGUUGGUUUUCAACCAUAAAGCUCUAGUCUCAACUUUGAUCAUUUCCAAUUAAAACCUUUUAAUAAUCUAACACUUACAAAUCUAAGUUAAGUUGUAACAAUAUAAACAAGCGACAUGAAGGAUAUUAAUUCUGCAAUCUUCAAAGAUGGGAACCACAGUUUCGCUAACUUCACUUCCUUGUAACCUCAGAUGUUGUGAAGUCGCCAAAAUAUCUAAUAAACUUCUCAUUAACUGUCUUUGGACCAUGUGGUGUUUAUUCAUCUCCAACAAAAUACAAAACAAUUGAUUGGACUCAUCAUGAUUAAAUAAAUAACUCCUUUUGUUUAUUUCAAAAUAGGUCCCGAUCACAUGACUGUGUAUCUGUCCCCCUCAAGUGGGGUGAAUUUGCUGUCUUCAUCUCUAGGAACUCUUUAUCCCAUUGAAGAUGAAAAUGGGGGAGACCGCGUUACGUACUUCAUUUACUAUUCCCACGGAGCUGAUGUUGGACCAUGGGAGUUCUCUCUUGAGUUGGUGGUAUGUCUGUUACUGUGGUUACACUUACGAUACAAGGAUAUGAACAAGCAAAAUAUUCCAAAUACAGUGGCAUGAUCAUUAGCCUGGGACUAGGCUCUGCAGUUGAAAAUGCAAAAAAAAAAUUGGCAAGCCAAGCAAGCUAAGCAUUAGUCUAGGGAGGGAACUGGGAAGGGAGAAAGGAUAAGGUCAAGCUAGUUGAUCAUUAGUGCCUGUUGUCCCGACAAAGAUGCAAAGAUGCUGCUUGCAUUUGCAUAGGUUUAAUUAAGGCUAAAAUAAGUAAAAAUUUUACAUGGAUGAAACUCAAGAUUAUUUGUCUCAUACUAUACAGUAUGUACAGAGCUGUCACUGCGAGCCUGACACCAGGGAUUGUCCUGGGCUUCUGCAAGCAUAACCCAUGCCUACUGUCAUAGGAAAUAAAGGAAAACAGAACCAAAACCCUCUUAAAUGCUUAAUUUACCUGGCACUUUGAAAUCUUAGCAGCAGUCCUGUAUUACUAUAAAUGGUGACAAGUGGUCAAGUUUGGUCAAGUCUUAAAAAGUGACUCACGUGAAUUUUUUCUCGUGGCUUCUCUGCUCGUGUCUUCGGCUUUAACUUUGCUUUUGCCAUAGCAUACAUCAAGAGAAUUUUACGACAAUGAGGGGGAUACUGUUCUGCAAGACUCAGGUGUAUGGACCACUCCUCUGGAUUAUUUAGGAAUCAAGCCAUUUUCUGAUGUACCUAUGUUUAGAAAUGCCUCACUGGCACCACAGUAUGGGGUCUAUGGAGGCUUUCCUUAUUACUUACCUUUGAGGCAGUUAAUGAGGUAUGUUUCUUUGUGAUAGUGACGUAUUAUCCACCAACGUUCAAAUGUCAGGUGUCUUGAAAACAAAGUCCCCUGAGACCCCUAACAAAGACCCCUAGGUCCCCCUAAAAACUCCCACCGAAUGACUCUGAACUUUAUUGAUUAGUAUAAGGUUAGGAAACUGAGUGAAUCAGGUUCCAUUUAAGUCUUUAUACUGGACAAACUGACCUGAAAAUUGAUUAACUAAGUUUCCUAACCCUGAUCAAUAAAGUUCAGAGUCAUUCAGUGGGAGUUCUUAAGGGUCUUAGCGGUCUUAGGGGUCUUUGUUUUCAAGACACCCUUCAAAUGUCUGUAAAGACUUCACAUAGAGCGACCUUGCUUUCUUAAUUGAAACAUACAAUUUUGUUGAUUACAAUUAUUGUGAAUCUUUCUUGAGAUGAUCAAUUGCCAGGUACUGCAUCCAAGUUCAAAGAGAGACAUAUUAAUAUACAGUAUACGUGUAGUGUUGGUGUGUGUGUUUCAUACACUCAUUAACCUAUCGUUUGAUGUCUUUUAAUGACAUUUCCGCUGCUGUUAUAAACUGGGAGCGAGCUCUCUUUCAGUUAUCCCUUUGCUUGACUAAGGAGGCUGGUAUCAUGAAAUUGUGCUGAGAGAGAGCUUGCUCCCAGUCAAUUGCUGUGAUCAUUACUUCUAAGCAAAAUAGAAAUUUCCCACAUUCUGCUCCAGUGAGCUCUUAAUUGAGCCUGCAUGAGAAAACAGCCGACAUUCUGUGAAGCCAACAAUAGUUUUGUUGCGAAAUGAUGUCUGAGGAAUGAGUGUAGAAAUUCCAUACUGAUGAUUUGUCACUACCCAGAUCUGGCACUUUACCCCACAGUAAGGCUUAGCCCUUGGAGACAGGUCCGGAAAAAUAUCCACUCCAGGGUGUGGACCCCCCCGGUCCCACCUGAUCUGUACUCCACCCAGGAGGGCCACCCCUCCUGGUUCCCCUCAGUUCCUGUACUGGGGGAUAUGGGCCUCACCCCCGGAGACUGAUCAGGACUCCUGUCCAGGGUGGCUACCCCCGGUACCACUCGAUCUUGUCUCCCCCCAGGAGGGCUUCUCUCCUGGUCCCCUUAUCCCUAGAUUUAAGCGCUUCCCUGCCACCAGAAUUUUGCCCAUUUCCCUUUGUGUGUUUUCUGUGUGGUACCGACAUAAAGCAUUUAUGCGGAAAACACUGCCAAUUGGAAGAGUUUAUUAAUAACUGUUUGAGUUGGUACCCUUGUUCACAAGAAUGUGCUAGCAGUCUCUAGCGUGGUCUUUUUCCUCACAUUUUUAUUGUUGCAUUCCCCUAUUAAAAUAACUGAAAUAAAGCUUUAAAACUUAACUUGACCUUUCCUUCUCUAUAGAAACUCUUGGUAUAUUCCUGGCCCUCCACCAAAAGUCACAACAUCACAACUAGCAGUAACACUUUUAGCAAGAGAACGGCAUGAUAAAAUAUACAGCUUUAAAUUCUCAAUAUCAGGUCUGUAAAAUUAAUCAUGGUAGUAAUUAAAUAUCUCAAGGUUGUUGGUUUUCAACCAUAAAGCUCUAGUCUCAACUUUGAUCAUUUCUAAUUAAAACCUUUUAAUAAUCUAACACUUACAAAUCUAAGUUAAGUUGUAACAAUAUAAACAAGCGACAUGAAGGAUAUUAAUUCUGCAAUCUUCAAAGAUGGGAACCACAGUUUCGCUAACUUCACUUCCUUGUAACCUCAGAUGUUGUGAAGUCGCCAAAAUAUCUAAUAAACUUCUCAUUAACUGUCUUUGGACCAUGUGGUGUUUAUUCAUCUCCAACAAAAUACAAAACAAUUGAUUGGACUCAUCAUGAUUAAAUAAAUAACUCCUUUUGUUUAUUUCAAAAUAGGUCCCGAUCACAUGACUGUGUAUCUGUCCCCCUCAAGUGGGGUGAAUUUGCUGUCUUCAUCUCUAGGAACUCUUUAUCCCAUUGAAGAUGAAAAUGGGGGAGACCGCGUUACGUACUUCAUUUACUAUUCCCACGGAGCUGAUGUUGGACCAUGGGAGUUCUCUCUUGAGUUGGUGGUAUGUCUGUUACUGUGGUUACACUUACGAUACAAGGAUAUGAACAAGCAAAAUAUUCCAAAUACAGUGGCAUGAUCAUUAGCCUGGGACUAGGCUCUGCAGUUGAAAAAGCAAAAAAAAAAUUGGCAAGCCAAGCAAGCUAAGCAUUAGUCUAGGGAGGGAACUGGGAAGGGAGAAAGGAUAAGGUCAAGCUAGUUGAUCAUUAGUGCCUGUUGUCCCGACAAAGAUGCAAAGAUGCUGCUUGCAUUUGCAUAGGUUUAAUUAAGGCUAAAAUAAGUAAAAAUUUUACAUGGAUGAAACUCAAGAUUAUUUGUCUCAUACUAUACAGUAUGUACAGAGCUGUCACUGCGAGCCUGACACCAGGGAUUGUCCUGGGCUUCUGCAAGCAUAACCCAUGCCUACUGUCAUAGGAAAUAAAGGAAAACAGAACCAAAACCCUCUUAAAUGCUUAAUUUACCUGGCACUUUGAAAUCUUAGCAGCAGUCCUGUAUUACUAUAAAUGGUGACAAGUGGUCAAGUUUGGUCAAGUCUUAAAAAGUGACUCACGUGAAUUUUUUCUCGUGGCUUCUCUGCUCGUGUCUUCGGCAUUUGGCUGAACACGUUGGCCUGCGGCCGACCAAACGAAACUCUCCGUCGCACACGAGAAAAAAUCUCUGGUACCCAGGGUAAAGAGGUACCAAUUCAACAAUAAUACAUUAUAAUUAGGUAUAACUGUCACUGCAAAUUUUAGUAGUAAUAAAGACAACUUUUGAGCACUUUAGUCUUAAGGCCUUUUUGAAAGUAUUGUCAAAAAUGUUCAUCCUAAUCUGUCAUUUAGGUUGUAUCACCGUUAGUGUUACCAAUCCACAAAUUUAAACCCCUACAAGGUACGACAAGUACCCGCGUCACUUCUAUAGGGGAGUACCCCCUGGGGUGACAGCCACCAAGUUUGGCCAUAGCAGUUUUCACAGGACACAAAUUCUGUUCAAGUUAUUUGCUACCAACAGGAGCGCAAUGUUAUAGUGGUGAUGAUAAAAAGUGGUUUACCGCGGUAUGUAUUUGUUUUUCAGACAGAACAAGAACUGCCUGCUAAAAGCAGCCUGAUGGAUUUUGCAGUUGCUGCUCAAUACAUUCAUGGAAAAGACUCAUCUUCACCAGUUCUCAGGGAAGUCAAGAAGGCUAUCCCUGACUGGAUUUUUGCUAACACUUGGGUAGUCACAUACAAGAGCUGGUCUUUCACUUUGUAAACAUCGUCACAGUCUCUAAAUAAAGGGAAUGAUUUGGCCUUACUUAUGCUUUAGAUUACAAGUGUUAACAGGUCUUGAUCUCCUUACACUUUUGACACAACAAAUACAAAACUGUAGGAU